GUUAAUGAGUGGAUCAAUAUUAACAAGCAUAUGUAAUCAAGUUUUCUCUGGCACAGGAGAUCCCAGAACAAAACUAGAACAAAUCAAGGGAGAAGAAUUGAUUGAUGUUUUAUCAACAGAUACACUGGAAGAUGAUACAGGCCCAGUGUUCCUUAAAGAAAGACUGCACAGACCAACAAGGAUGGAAGACACAGCUUACAGCACCAUCUAUGACACUAUUCAAAAAGAGGAGGCAUAUGAGGUUCCUGAUCAGUCAUCCGAAAGUGAAGAUGGUCUUUAUGACCAGGUUAGUCAUGAUGAGUUUUCUCAAGGUUCCACUAUAGAUACAAAAACCACAUACAUCAAUGUCCAGGAGACUCCAGAGAAUGACUCUGUGCUCCCCUACUCAGGCAGUGAUGAAGAUUACAGCUUGGUCGAUUCUCAGCAUGGAGAGGGAAAUUAUGAGCUGCCUGAAGAAGCCUAUGAGCAGGCUGAAGAUGUCUAUCAGCAGCCUGAAAAAGCCCACGAGUUGCCCCAAGACACCAACCAGUUAUCAGAACCAAUCUACCAGGAAUUGAAUGAAGCAGACCAGAAGCUUGAAGGAAUUUAUCAGGAGACCAAGGCAUUCUACCAACUGGAUGAAGAAGGUCCAGAGGAUCAAUCCAUGAAGAGCAGGAUGAUCCAUUGUCCAGAUCCCUGCUCAGAUGAUAGAGAAAUAGGCAAUAUUCUCCCUGGGGACACACUGCUCUCUCCCACUGCCUUCAGCAUACAGUCUACCAAAACCCUCUCCACUACCUUGUUUUCCAGAUCCAGCAGUUUGCAAGAAGAUAGAAACUCAUCCACUGACCUGGAGAUCCAUCUCUAUGUCAAGGCUGGAUCAGAUGGCGAAAGCAUUGGGAACUGCCCAUUCUCUCAGCGUCUCUUCAUGAUCCUAUGGUUAAAAGGAGUCGUAUUCAAUGUCACCACAGUGGAUCUUAAAAGAAAACCAGCUGACCUGCACAACCUGGCCCCUGGGACUCAUCCGCCAUUUCUGACAUUCAACGGGGAUGUCAAAACUGAUGUUAACAAGAUUGAAGAGUUCUUGGAGGAGACCUUGACCCCGCAAAAGUACCCCAAACUGGCUGCUAAACACAGAGAAUCCAACACAGCUGGGAUUGACAUCUUCUCCAAGUUUUCUGCAUACAUUAAGAACACAAAGAAACAAGAUAAUGCCUCUCUUGAGAGAGGCUUGACAAAGGCAUUAAAGAAACUGGAUGAUUACCUGAGUAUACCUCUGCCUGAGGAGAUAGAUGCUGAUACUUGUGGAGAUGAUGAGAAGAUCUCUAGGCGAAAAUUUCUGGAUGGGGAGGAGCUGACCCUCGCUGACUGCAAUCUGCUACCCAAACUCCACGUGGUCAAGAUUGUAGCCAAGAAAUACCGCAACUAUGAGAUCCCUGCAGAGAUGACAGGUCUAUGGCGAUACCUCAAGAAUGCCUAUGCACGAGAUGAGUUCACUAACACUUGUGCAGCUGACAGUGAGAUCGAGAUGGCUUAUGCUGAUGUAGCCAAGAGACUCAGCAUAUCUUGAACACUCCCUCACCUCAUUUUGUUUCUGCUGCAAAAAAAGACUUAUUCUCCACCAAAGACUCCACCUUCACAGACUCUUCCCUAUUGGGAAAUUUUAUUUUGUUGUUAUUGUUGUUGUUUUCCAUUACCAUGUCUUGCUGAUGUCACCAUAACACUAACAUACUAUCUUUCAUAAAUAUCUUGAACUCGUUCGGUCUUACCAUUGGGGAAAUUGAAGGGUAGAGGUGACAGAAUCCCAUCACUUAAUCUUUUCAGGCACUCGUCUGAUUUUAGUUAGUCCAAGUGCUUGAAGCCCUCUCAUACUUGGAGUUAUUUAGCUGGCUACUUUGCCAACAUCUCAAACAUGUUCUUGAAUGAAUUAAGAGCAUGGCUCCUCUUCUCCCCUUUUCAUUAACCCCAGUGACUAAGGAUAUGAGCCACUUUACAAGUAGAUCUUGUCAGAGGCAGUAAUUUUGCCUUGACACAAGAGUUAUAAGACAUGAGAGAAGGAUGACAGUGAGUGGUGAUUGCUAGAUUCUUGCAGAGAUACUUUCAGCCAGAAUCUUUUAGCAACCCCCUUGCCAAUGAGUCCUAGAUGAAGAGAAUUGAACAUUGCUCUAGUCACUGGCAUAGCUGGCUACGCUGCUACCUUUGGUGCUGGUGAUGUAGUUAUAAUGCUGCCUAGCUGUUGUUGAACUAGACUUUCACUUCUCCCAGACUAUGGUGUGAAAAAGGGUGAACACACAAUUUUCAAGCAGUGUACUUGCAGACCAAUGGAAAAGUUGGUGACCCAGAGUGAGAGGGCUAGAGGGUGGAGCAGUGUUGAUGCCAAAAGGCCCACUGGGUCUGCCAGCCAUUAGGGGGAUGCUUUGAGCACUAUUUGCUUACCACUGGGCUGUAUAUAUUUAUCAAUGUAUAUGUUUUGAUUCAUGGGGAGGGGAGAAAAAUGAAUUCUUUGCAGGACUUAAGUGUUGAAAUCUGCCAGGCAGGUCUGACCUCUUUUUCUCUAAGUCUUGGAAUGAAGUAUAUCUCUUUACCAUCAGCCUUUCACCUAAAGAACUAAGAAAUGGCCAAAAGAUUUCCCUUUAGUUUCUCCUAGUUUUCCUUGUUUACUGACUGUCUCAGAUAAGUUCAUCCAGUUGCUUUUAAAUGAUUAAUUUAUAUUAGUAGCAGCCUCCAAUGUAUGAAAAUUACUUUGGGGCUAUAGUUUGAGUACUAAACAUCUUAAGGAUAAAUUCUUUGAGAUUUUCAUUCUGAAGGAACUAUGUGCUUUGAACUCGAGUUCAACAUUGCUUUUUUAUCCCAUUUGGUGAAAUGUACCAACCCAUCCAGGUCAUGGUUCUGACCCUUAAAAGUUCUCUGCCAAUUAUAAAAGGUGACUUACAUCAGAGCUAUAAUUAAAGAAGGGUGACCAAAGUUUAGUCCAAGGGCACCAAACUUUAGAGGAUGCCAAAAGUACCAUUUCAUAGUACUCUUCCUUCUAUCAUAUGAGCUUCUCCUUUACCUGUCUCAACCUUAGUGAUGGCAGCCUUAUAUUUAGAUGUGCUUCUUUCCUUUAGUGGUGAUGCCCAAGGGUAGCUUUUAUACCUUUGAUUCACUCCACAUCUUGUUCCCUGCCCCCUUUUCCAUUUUUCUCUGCAAGAAUUCCUUUUUUUGACUGAACAACAUUUUGCUUGAUGGUUUUGCUCCCAUCACUUUUCCUUUGUAACAUAAGAAUUCUGUGAAAAGGGAACUUAAAACAUGAAGUGGCCACCAGCUCAAUCUCCCAAUAAUUUCACAAUGAGGAACACUAUAUAGGGGCAGGGACCAGAUUCAAUAGUCCUUCCCUAUUUAUUUCAUGUUGGUAGAGUAAGCAGUUUAAGAGCACCUCAAAACCACUGCAUUUGAUUCAGCAUUUCUCACAAUAGUCAAGGCAUACAGGUAUACAUCUCUCCAUGGGAACAGUACCAAGAGAAUCUCUUCUUCCCCAGAGAUUCUGGAGAGGAAAUGACACCUUGACCAGAAGAUGGAGAGCAGAAAAGAUGUACCUUAAUUUUCAAUAUUUUGCCUUUUGCCUGUAGGAGGAAAUGACUCAGUAAGACUUUUAUAGGACCUGGGGGGCAGAGGGAAGGAAGGGUUGAAAAUAUAGAAUGAGUCAAUUCAGUUCUUAGUUUUCAAGGAACCGUUCCAUGGGCUCCAUGGAAACCCUGCUACUUGAGAUGUUUAAACAUGAGAUUCGAUGUGGAAAUAAACCAUUUUUACUGUAGGAAAAAAGUCCUGAAUUGGGCCCUGGGGGCUGAUGUCCUGAAUGGUCCCAGAGGUCUUUUAAUUAGUGUGAAAUCCUGUCGUACUCAGAAAUGCUUCCUUGGCCUUACAGAACAAGCUAGAUGACCUAGAAGAGAGUUUACAUUUCUCAUUUCUAUGAGCUUCCGCACCCUCACCCUUCUUUCCUUUAAAACAUGCUCAGUGAGGGCAGAACCAGAGCUUACACAGAUACCUACUCACAGCUCUAAGGUGGGGCAGCUAUAGUGAGAGUUUUUAAAUGGAAUGCAAAUCACUCUGAUGGAUACCUCAAAGCCAAUAGGGAGAAAAUCUCUCAGAAAUGGCAUCCUUAGAGCAGCAAUGAUUUUGAUGCUUGAGGUAACUCCAUGUGUGAGAAUCAUAGAUAGCAGUUGAGAUUUAUAACAUGUUGACACUUCUGAAUGAUACCCAGUUUAGAUAUGCAUUUUUUGUCUCGUGCAUAGAAAAUAAUAUAACAUAUUUGAUUAAUAUUCAUAUUUUUAUAUCUCAAAACUGGAUUGAUUGGAGCAAUUAAAAUUAAGAAGGUAUAGUGGAAGCUUUGAGAUAAGGGUCAGAAGAUCUGGAUUUUCAUGGGACUUCCAAGUCACUGUUUGGCCUUGGACAAAUUAUUUCCCCUUUCUAGGCUUCACCUUCUUCUGUUAACUGAGAAGUUGGAUCAGAUCAUGUCAAGAUUCUUUAACAAUUUGACCUUUUAGAGUUUUAAUCACUCCAAUAAUAUUACUGCCUGCUCAUAUUUUUGAAAAUCCUCACAUAUAGUUUUCUAGAAAUUUGCACAUACAUAUGGUGAUUAUCAUACAUACUAUCUGCUUACUAUACAAUCCUAGUGAGUUAAUUUAAAUAAUCAUAGAGAGCAAAGAAAAGGCUUAUAUUCCCUAAUCUUACAUUUCCCUAUGUUCAGGACUAGAAGCAAAACUUGUAGACAUAAGACUAUAGAAUUUUAGACCCGAAAGAAACCGUAGGGGUCCUCUGGUCCAACCUCUCUGAGAACUAAAAUCUCUCUGCGUGUGAAUCAGAAACACAUUUAAAUAACUCAUAAAAACAAUCAUUUAGUGUUAGAUCAUAUUAUAUUUUAAUUUCUCUUUCUUUAAAUUCUUUAUUGUACAUUCAUAUGAGAAAUCAAUUGAAUAGUAAACUUUGAAACUCAACUUAUCUCUAUUCAUCAAUAUGACAUUGUAUGUAUUUACUACACAACUGAUGAUAGGUUAAUUCUUUACAAACCUUAAAAAUUUCUUUCAACAAGCAGAACCCUGUUUUUCAAAAGGAGGGGGGAGCAUUUGAAUAUCCUAAUACCAGUCUCCCUUGUUGGUCUGAUGACUUUAUGGUUCCUGCUGUGACCAUGACUGUCUUUUACAAAGCCACCAGAGGGGUAACAAUGCAAAUUCCUAGACACAGCUGGUGAAGAAGGCAUACAAUGAAUACUUGUUUGAAUUGGAUGGAAUGAAUUGAAUUUAAAGUGUUCAUUAUUACCAUUUACAUAUAGACCAUGUCUGUCAGACACCAAAAUAACCAGCUAGAAAAAUGGGAAAAAAUGCCAUCAAUAAUUUUGGGUUUUGCCCAUAUGAUGCCAAACAAUUGGACAUACUUUUCUCUGUGGAAUUUCCUAGAUUUUGUUUAUAUUUAGUUGCUCAUUUGUUUCAGACUAAGGCAUUUAUUUUUUUAGCAAUCUAAUAUUCCUAGAGCAUUUUUACCUCAAUGGUGAAAUUAACCAUCAUAUAUUUUUUUUUAAGUGUAAAAAUCAAGGGUUCCAUAUUUAGCAGUGCAUCAAACACUUAUUUAUGUAGCAGGAGAUGUUGCUCCCACAUAAAUUGCCCUGGAUAAAAUAUUUAAAUCAAUCAAUCAACCCACUUUCCAAAAUAAUGAAGUUCCUUCCAUUUCUUCUAAGCCUGUCUUUGUUGUCCAUCCUAAUUAUUUAGAACUAGAGCAGGGAGCUAUUCAUAAGAACCAUAGCCAUUUUUCUCCCUAGCUAAAGUCUUUCAUGAGACCCGAGGAAGAGUAGGACUUAAAGGUGCGCUAUCUUCUAGACAGUGCAAAAUUGAUGGAAUGAAAGAUGGUUUUCCCCUAGAAAAUCUCUCUUCCUCUUCUUUAAAAAAACUCAUUGAUAUAGUAACCAUGUUUCCGGAACCCUAAAUCAGCAUAUAUAAGUACUUCAUAAAAUGUGUGGGUUUUUUUUCUUUUCUUGAUUUGUGAAUGGGUAAGAGUAGUUGAAAUAUGAGACAGUUGCCACCCCAUGUUAAUUACAUUGGGCAGAAAUCCUGUAGCUUUUGGACCUACUGUUUUCAGUGAGCACUGCAUUCAGGGAUCCAUAAUACCAAAGAGUGAGAACAUGGUACAGUGGAAAGAUCUGAGUUUGUAGUCAGAGUACCUGUGUUAAAAUUCUCACUCUGCUACAAACUUCCAAUAUGAUCUUGGGCAGAUGACUUAACCUUCUGGAACUUAUGUUUCUCAUUUCUAAGAUAAAGAGAUUGGACCAGAUGAUGACCUCAAAAUUUCCUUUUCUGCUCUAGAUCUGUGAUCCUAUUAAUUAAAUUUCUGGGAUGAAUUAGUUAUUAAGGAGAGGAAGGCAAAAAAAAAUUAGGUCUCUGAAGAAAAUAUUAAUAACUUAAAUGACCUAUGAUAAGAGAAAUGUGAAGGUCUACAGCCAAGUUUUCAUUGACCUGCAGCAAUUUCCUUGUGAAUACCUCUGUGAGACAACUUUUUUUACUUUCUGUAGGAAAAAUCCUUCCUAAUAAGAGGGCAAAUACAAGAUAUUCCUUCUUGGACAGAUAAAACAUUAAUUUUAUAAUUAUAAUAGAGCUAAGAGUCUAUUUCCCAAAGGUUCACUCCUUCAUUUUUAAUGUUUAACAUUGCUACUUUUCAUAAACAUUUUAAGAGCAUAUUUUGGAGAGUUAUCUUCUCUCUCAAGUCAUCUUUUCUCUUGGUGAGGGAACUUGUCUCUAACUUAUGUGACCUUUUGAGCUGUUCAAUGUUCAAGGAAGAAAAUGGCAGAUCGACCUUUGUUCUAUUUGGUUUCUGAGUUCAAAUCUAACAAUUAUACACUGGUACCUUCUUAAAAAUAUGUGAAAGAAGAAAAAUGUGAUGUUUCCCUUAUCCCUUCCAAAGUUUCUCCAAUUCAAGCUCACAUUUUAUCAAAGAACUGUUAUACCCUUAUAUAAAGUUGAUCUUAGAUGUAAAAACAGAAGGCACCUUUCAUUGCAUAAACUAUAUCUCCCUAAAUGAAUGUGGGAUUGAUGUUUCAAACAGACCCUAUUGGUGAAGCCUAGUCUCAAGGAGACAAAAAUUCAAGAUCUUGUUUUAGGCAAGUUCUCUUAAUAUAGGCUAUGCAGGCACUUAAGAUUGUCCAAUAGAGAUGUUUGACUAUCUUUCUUUUUCCCUCUGUCCUAAACCUCUGACAGACCCUCCUAAAUCUUUGGAUUGAGUUAAAUAUAUCUUUUUUUCUUUCAAAAGAAAGAGCAUUUUAUUUACAGAUACGCUCCAUGAGAAAGUCACCUGAUUCUCACUAAACCUUUAACUAUGGUGAUAAAAUAACAGGACUUGCUGUGAAGCAUUAAUAAAUGUAAAAUGCUUUUUAAAUGAAGAAAAAAAGUUUUUUUCUCCUCAUGGAUCUGAACCAUUUGUAAAAUUAUUCCCCAGUUUUGAUUGGUACUUGAUUCAAAUAAAAUUUGGUUUAUUUUCAAAUAUUACAAAA